AUGCAUAUAUACAUACAUCUAUCUAUCUAUCUAUCUAUCUAUCUAUCUAUCUAUCUCUCUCUCUAUAUAUAUAUAUAUUCUUAUAUUUAUCCUUUCCUCAUCAAGUUUUACAUUUACUGCUUUCUUUUUGUCUUUUCUUUAUCUUUUUGUCUUUUGCUUUUAAUCUUUUUGUGUUUCCUUUUUAUCUUUUUGUCUUUUCUCUUUUUGCCUAUUCUGUCUUUUUGUCUUUUCUUUGUCUUUUUGUCAUUUGCUUUUUAUCUUUUUGCAUUUCCUUUUUAUCUUUUUUCUUUUUGCCUAUUCUGUGUUUUUGUCUUUUCUUUAUCUCUUUGUCUUUUGCUUUUAAUCUUUUUGUGUUUCCUUUUUAUCUUUUUGUCUUUUCUCUUUUUGCCUAUUCUUUGUCUUUUUCUUUUUUUUCUUUCCUUUUUUAUCUUUUUUCUUCCUUAUCCUAUUUUUCUCCUCUUUUAUCAUUUCUUAUAUCCCAGCUACUUUAGCCAAGCUAUGAUUUUCAUUAUUUUUCUAACUUUCAUAAUACUUUCUUCUUUUUUCCCCUUUUUACUGAUGUUUCCUUUCUCUUUGAUUUUAAUUUUGCUUUUCUCAAGAAAAACAAUUUUCCUUUUACUCCUUCACCAUUUUCUCUUCAUUUUAUAA